ACUGCAGACGUUACGGCGUGGCCACAUUGUCACAGUGUUUACAGUUUUGUGCACGUGCGAGUUAAAACUUUGUUAGUUGUGAGUUAAAACAUAAUAUAGAAUUGAUUUUUAAACAACUUAAUCAUGGGAAACAAACGUGGAAAGAAACGCGGUCGCCGGGAUGACACCGCAUCGCUUUUGGAUGAUAAAAUGAUCAAGUCUAUGGAGAAAAAAUUGAAACUUAAAAAAAAACUGAAGAGGAAAAAGGAUGCUGAUAAAUAUAUUCCAAAAUCAUUUGCACGAGAUGGUUUAGAUUAUCUUUUGGAAAUUUGUGAUGAAGACAGUAGAAAAUUGGCUGCUGAAAAUGAGAAAAGACUAAUGAUAGGAGAUUCAGAUGAUGAAUCUGACAGUUCUAAUUUUUCAGAUGCAAGUGAACCAGAACCAAAAAAAUUAAAAAAGAAAGAUACUAAAAAAGCUGUGUCUAAGAUAAAUGCAGCAAGUGAUAGCACAAAAAAGAAAAAAAAGAAAGAUGAGUCUGAAUCUGAAGAUGAUUUUCAAGAUUUUGGUCUUGAAAGCGAUGAUGAUUUUGGAAGUGAUGAUGAUUUGGAAGGAAAUGAUUUCCAAAAUGAUGAUGACGACCUUGAAAGUAAAGACAAUUUUGGAAGUGGAAGUGAGUCAGAAAAUGAGAAGAAUGACAACGUUGACAAUAAUGACGAUGGUGACAAUGAUGACGAUGGUGACAAUGUUGAUGAUGGUGAUGAUGAUGGUAUUUGGGAGGACAUUUAUGGUCGUAAAAGAAGUAAAGAUGGUGCUGUCAUUACUGCUGCUAAGCAGAAAUAUGUUGCUCCUGCCUUAAGAUUAAAAGAAUUGGAUAAGGAUCCUAAGAAAAAUGAAAAAUUACUUCAACUCAAGAGACAAAUUAAAGGUCUUUUAAAUAGGCUAGCUGAAAGUAAUAUGCAUACAAUAGUUAAUCAGUUAGAAGAGCUGUACAUGUCGAAUAGUAGAAAUGACAUGAAUGAAAUGUUGGUUCGACUUAUGCUAGAUUCUAUUGUUAGUCCUGUGAUGACAGCCGAGCGAUUAGUGUCAGAGCAUAUGAUGUGUGUUGCUAUAUUACAUGCUAAUAUUGAUACCCAAGUAGGCUCACAUUUUAUUAUGGUUCUGGUAAAACAAUUCAGUGAAAUGAUAAAAGAAAACCAAGAUGUUGAGGAUAAACAACUAGAUAAUUUGGUUUUAAUGAUAUGCCAUUUGUAUAACUUCAAGGUGUUUGGAUCACAACUAAUAUAUCAAAUUAUAGAUAAAUUAAUAGAAAAGUUUACUGAAAAAGAAAUUGAGAUAAUUUUAGUUGUAUUAAAAAAUUCUGGAUUCAGAAUGAGAAAAGAUGAUCCCCUUGCUCUUAAAAAUUUGGUUAUAGCUUUACAACAAAAAGCAGGAACAGUAAAAUCAACAAACUUGAGGCUGCAGUUCAUGUUAGAAGUUUUGAUGGCAAUAAAAAAUAAUGAUAUGCGAAAAAUCCCACAGUAUGACCCAACUCGGGCAGAACACUUGAAAAAAAUCAUAAAAAGUUUUCUCAGGAAAGGAAAUACCAUAUCACAGUUAAACUUUUCACUUGAAGACCUUUUGAAUGCUGAUGAAAAAGGAAAAUGGUGGAUUGUUGGUUCUGCAUGGUCAGGAAAAGAAAUAAAAAAAGAUGCAGAUAAAACUACUGUUAAAAAACCAGCGUAUAGUCAAAAAUUACUUAAAUUGGCUGCUGCACAAAGAAUGAAUACAGAUGUAAGAAAAAAUAUUUUCUGUAUUUUGAUGACUGCUGAAGAUUAUUUAGAUGCAUUUGAAAAGCUUAACCAUUUGGGAUUAAAAGAUAGCCAAGAAAGAGAGAUAAUUAAUGUGAUAUUGAGCUGUUGCAUGCAAGAGAAAAAUUUUAACCCAUAUUAUGCAGUUCUAUUAAAAAAAUUCAAUGAUUUUCAUAAAAAGUAUCAUACGAUGAUAGAAAAUACAUUUUGGUAUAAGAUUAAGACAAUAGAUACUUGCAACAGUCUACAAAUCACUAACAUAGGAAAAACCGUUUCUUACUUGUUUCUUAACAACGCCUUACCAUUAACAGUUUUAAAGGUUAUUAAAUUUGGUGAAAUGGACAAAGCAACAGUAAAGUUCUGCAAAAAAUUGAUGCUUGAUAUCCUCUUACACAACAAUGUAGAAACCUGUCUUGCCCUCUUUGAAGCGAUUCCUCGUAAAUUAUUGCAAUUCAGAGAAGGCUUAAGGGUAUUCAUAAACUUUUUCUUGAAGAAAAACAUGAAAAAAGACAAACUGUCGGCAGAGCAAAUGGAGCUGUUGGAAAAACGAAUUGGAUUCGUCGACAGAAUUUUGACAACUUCAAAAGUGACAUUCUAAAUAUUGUUAAUAAAGUUUUGUAUUUUUGCAAUACAUGAAAUGUUUAUGAUUAACGUAUAUGCACUAUACGUUUGUAAAUAGAUACUAGCACUAACUUUUAAUAUUUGCAAUUGUAUAUUACGUGCUUACAAAGCAAGUAAUCGUACCA